AUGUCCAUGAUGCAGCAAGAAGGAGACUAUCGUGAGGAGAUGAUCUCUAUAGGCGCGCAGAUUGCUAGGGUGGAGGAGGAGAUAGAUCAGGUCAACCGACAGAUCACAGAGGCAGAGAAACGUGCACUCGAUCCAAACAUUGACAAGGAUGAGCGGCAAUACUGGCGCAAGAAAGAGGAUCGGCUUCGAAGGAAAGAGAAGCAGCUUCGAAAGAAAGAGGAGCAGCUCCGAAAGAAAGAGAAGCAGCUUCGCGAUCUACUCCUGAUCGAGAAGAAGAGGACUCAAGGUUCAAAGAUGCUUGAAGACUUCCUGUCAAAACCUCAAGGCGAUCCGUUCCUGUCCUUCUUGAACGAGCUUUGCCAGGCUGCGAGGGCAGGCAGGACUUACUCUGCUCAAGAGAUUGUGAGCUUCUCGACCUUCUUGGGAGGGAAAGCGAUUUUCGGAAAUCAGCUGUUCCUUCGAGAUUGCUACUUGGAGAUGAAGCAGGUAAUUGCAGAGUACUUCCGCUUGGACACGGAGACGCCGGAGAAUGGGCAGGUCGUCCUCACAGGGAGUCCAGGGAUAGGGAAGUCAUGCUUCGCCUACUUCUUUCUUCUUCAGCUUCUCGGCUCUGAUGAGGAAGUAGUCUAUCAGGUAGGAAACGAGCACUGGUACUUUGAUGGGGCAGAAUGGAGUCAGUUUGGAGAUGUGGCCGUCGCUGUAAACUUUCUCAUGAAAUUCCGGGGGUGGUACAUCUGUGACCUGUACAAAGGCCUGGGGAGCUACGUGUUAGCACGUUUGGCGAAGACAAUCAUACUGUCUUCACCCAAGCUUGGAAGGUUCAAGGACAUUCUGAACAAUGGAGCGGGGCGAUACUUUCUGCCAACAUGGACUGAUGAGGAGAUGUCAAUCUUCAUCAAGAUGCAAGGGGGUCGCGUGAACGAAGAAGAAGCAAAGAAUAUCGUCGAGGAUUGGGGGAACGUACCGAGGAAUGUCAUAGUGAGGCCAAUAGAGACACUUGAGCAGGAGAUACAGACGAUAACCUCACUGUCGUCGCUACAGGAAAAGAUGCAAGCAGCAGUGAACCAAGACCUGGGAUCGCCAUCGAGACUGAUUCACCUGGUCCCAAGCUCAGACUACAAGACUGUCAGCGCUCGAGCAUGCUCGCAGAAGGCCGCGGAGAAGAUCUUUGCGGGACUUGUCAAAACAGACUGGGAUAGGCUUGUAGAGCUGGUCUUCUCAGGCUCUGAUUCUGGGUUAUAUGGGGCGGCAGCUCUAGUUUUUGAAUGCUUGGCACAUGAGGUGCUGAAGAAAGGAGGGAGAUACAGAUUGCGCAGUCUAGGGUCGGGUGAGGAUGAUGAAGGGGCAAGGGAAGAGAUAGAUUUGCGUAUGAAGAAGUCGCAGGCAUACUUUGAGUUCUCAACAACAGGACUCAACGAGUGGAAGAUCAUGGAGAACACAUAUUGCAAGCCCAAGGCAUCGAACUUCCCUUGCGUGGCCGGCGUGGAUGCGCUUUUAUUGUCAGAUCAGGAGGUCCUCUACAUGUUCCAGAUGACGAUAGCAGGAAAACACCCGACCAAGCUUGGACCCCUGUGUAGGAUGUUGACAGCUCUACGAGCCAAGAACAAGUUUGAGAGGGUGUGCCUUGUGUUUGUUCUACCCUCAGAGCUUGAGGGGAAGGCACGUUGGAGACGAGCUCAGGUUCUCACCCACGACAAGACAGCAAGUGAGAUGGAGAAGCAGCAGAUGGAAAACGUUACUCAGCACGCGAUCUUCUUGUCCAAGGAAGACGUGGCAUGGCUAAAGGGAGCGGAGAUCAGCAUCCAGCUCGUAGACAAGGCACGGUCUGAGAGGGAAGAGCAACUGGAGGGAGGCGAUGAGGCGACACCAUAA